AUGGUUUAUCGUACAAAAAAUUCAGUCCGUACGCCUAGGCUCGAGUGUACGCCAAACAAAUUUUCAUUGCAAGCUCUCUUCACAGGCAACUGGACUGAUAAUGCAGGAAUUAACGAUCUAGGCGACGAACUUUUGUUAGAUAGGUGGUACCAUGUGGCUUAUUCGAUUUCUGAUUCUGAAAAGAGAGCAGAUCUCUACAUAGACAGUGAAUGGGUCGGAUCUUAUAGUAUUCAUAACAUUAAAAAGCAAAAAGUUGUCUUUAAUGAUGAACCGCUAUAUAUCGGACGAGCUUUUAACGCAGCCGAUGGAUUUAAUGGCAAAAUUAGGUACGAUUUUUCAUGUAAUAAAGUUUAUCUAUAUAAAGAUAUUGAAAGAUCAUUUUAUCAAUUAGCAAUUUUCGCUAUUUCAACUGGCGUCUAUGUGCCGAAGAAGUGA